AUGAGCGACCCCCUCAAGGACAACACGAACACUACUAGGGACAAGUACGACGGGAAAUGGCACACGGAAGCCGAGCGCGAGCGCGGGCUCGCGGAGCUCGACGACGCGGUGCGAGAGACCUGGCGCGAGCGCGACGCGACGCUCCUCGAGCUCAAGAAGAUGCGACAGACCGCAGAGGAUCGAAAUAAAGCGCGCGCGGACGUCGUCCGCGCCGCGCUCGUCGACACCCCCGCGCUCGCGAAGGCGCUCGAGGAGCGCGGCGUCUUGGCGAGCGACGUGGAGCUCGGCGCGCUCGCGUCGCAGAUGACGCAAGUGCGGCUGCCCACCAUCGACGACGCGUCCGAAGACCCGACGGCGCGCGCGAUGGCGCGAGAAAACGUCUCCACUCGAAGAGCGUCCGCGCUGAGGGAUUUGUACGCGACGCGGCGCGGCGCGCUCGCGGCGACGAUGGGCGAACUCGCGGCGAAGAAGAAGGCGCUGGAGAAGAGGCGAGUGGAGCUGCUGCGAGAGGGCGACCGUCUCUCGGAGCGCGAGCGUUUGCAGAAGAAGUAUUGGUACGAAAAGAAGAAGGAGGAGGAGCUGGGGAUGUAUUGGAAAGACUUCGAGAACGCGUCCGGGUCGUCGUCCGAGGACGGCGAGGAGUCGGAGUCGGAGUCGGAGUCGGAGUCGGAGGAGGACGGCAGCGUCGACGGGAGGGAUCCGGACGAUUUACUCGCUGACAUCAAGCCGUUCCUGCUGCCGCCGCGAGAGGAGGGCGACGGCGACGGCGCGCCGACGCGGACGCGCGAGGAGCUCACCGAACAAUUGAAGCGCGAGCUCGCGGGCGGGAAGGCGGCGACGAAGAUGCGGCUGCUGCAGAUGAAGAUCGCGCACGCGAAGGUGGCGGCGCAGAGCAAGUACGCGAAGCGAAGCGUCGCGGCGGAUCCGCUCGCGCCAAAGCCGAGUAAAAAAGAAUUGCGAGCGAUGCGCGCGCACACGCCGUUGGAUGCCAACUACGCGGGAAAGACGGUCUUCCGGUUUUGCCGCGAGCUCGUGGAGUCGAUCGCGAUGGGCGCCGCGCACGCGUGCGCGACGCGCCCCACGGAGCGCUCCGUCGCGAUGGAGCGGAAGCUCUGGAGGAAGAAGGAGCCGCUGGUGAUUCAAACGAUUUGCCGACAGCUGGCGGACACGCUGACGUUGGAGGUGACGAGAGAGGAAGCGUUCGGGGUCGCGUACGAGAUCGAGGCUGUGCACGCGAUGAGCGCGGGGAUGGUCGUGAAAGCGAUCGCGUCCGGGGUGAUUCAUCGGUUGCGCGGGGAGCAAGAGGCGCUCGAGAAGGGCGGCGCGAAGGUUGUUCGAAAGAAGCGGAGGAAGAAGAAGAGGGGGUUCUUCGCUCGCGUCUUCGGCGACUCGGUCGAUACGGCGGAGCGCAAGUACGCGGAGAUUCAGCGACGCGUCGCGGAGUCGAGCAGACAGUCGGAGCUCGAUAAGGUGGCCGCGUUCGAGGGCUACGGCGGCGAAGAAGAGGAGGGGUUGACGUCGUCUUCGGACGAGGAAGAAGGCUCGUUCAUGCACGAGACGCAAACGGAGCGAAGGGCGAUGGCGUCCGUGCUCACGGAGAUGCAACGCCGCCGCCCUCCCGGAUACAUCUACCGCCACACGCAGCCGCUUCGGGACGUGUCGCCGCCGCGCGAGCCACAGCCGGUGCGCGUCCAGCGCGAGAGCGACAGCGACGACAGCACGAGCAGCGACGGGAGCUCCUCGGAGGAGGACGUGGAACGAGUCGAAGACGAGGCGUCGCUGCGAGAACUCGCCGCGGCGGACGCGGAGCAAGCCGCGCGCCGUCAGCCGCCCCCGCGGAGCGGCAUCGCGCGCCUCGGCACCCUCGUCGAGCCGCCGCCGCCGUCGAUGACGCACAGAAACGCGUCGACGCGCGAGCGCGCGUAUUGGAACGACGUCGCGCUCGAAGAGUGGUACGGCGGCGGCGCGUUGGCGGUGAAGAAGGGCCACGUCACCGCCGUCGCCGCGUCGCCGGGGCACGCGCUGUCCGUCGCGGCGGGGAGCAGCACUGGGAACAUCACGGUGUGGCGGUUCGGGGGACCGAACGACGGGAUCAGCGCGUGGGAGGCGAGCAGUGGGAGCGAGUCCGAGGAUGAGUUUGGGAACAAGAUUAAGCGGACCAAGGAGGAACGCGGACGGGCGAGAAACGAACGCGCGCGGAUCAAGAUGCUCAUCAAGAUGGGGAAGCUCGAUCAGGCCACCGUGGACGAGGAGAAGAGGAAGGCGCUCGAGAAGAAGAUGCUCCAGCGGAAGAAGAACGAGGAAAAGAAUAAGAAGAAGACCGCCGCGAGUGCUAACAAGUUCCUCGUGAAGACCGACGACGCGAACUCGAAGAAGUCGACGUCGUUGAAGUUUGAGGGCGCCGCGGCGGAGCAAAAAGUCGUCGGUCACGUCGUACAGCCCGUCGUCACCGGCGCGGCGAAGUGCCGCCCGCUCGCGGACGCGGAGGUGAUCGAGGAGAUGACCGCGGCGAACGCGAGCGAGCCGGCGUUGAUCGCGACCGCGAUCGUCGGCCUCGCGUGGAGCGCGGACGCGAGCCAGCUGUGCACGGCGGAAAGAGGCGGGUGCUCGCGGAUGUGGACGGUGGCGGACCGAGGGAAGGAGACGACGCGGGGACGAGCGGCGCCGCUCGCGGAGUCGCUCGCGCUCGCGCCCGCGAACCACGUCUCGUCGUCGCCUCUUCCGGAGACGGAGAUCGUGAAGGGCAGCUCGAGCAGCGAGUCCGAGGAGGACAAGAGGGAUUCGAGGGGGAAGAAGAAGAAGAAGAAGAAGGUGGUGGUUGUCACGGAGAAAGCCGUCAUCGAAAAGGCGAAAAAGGCGAAAGAGGCGCUCGACGCCGCGGCGGCGCGCGCGGAAGCGCGCGACCGCUGGCGCCCGGACGCGAAGAUUCUCACGACGUUCUUCCCAGCGUUCACGAUGGCGGGACGACAGCCGUACGCGCUCUUCGCGCGGCCGAACGGAGACAUCGUGAGGGCGUCGCCGAGCGCGACGCCCGCGGCGAUCUCCGCGGUGGCGCCGGUUGAUAAAUCGCACGGAAAGUCGGCGCGCGACAUUUUUAACUUCCGCGGGCAAAAAGCCUGGAGCGGCGGGAACCCGUUCGGCAGACACUUGACUUACAUGAAGAAGAGCCGCUCGCACGGGGUUCCCGGGUACGGCGAGACGAGCUCGGACGAGUCCGACGACUCGGACGAAGAGGCGAGACGGUUCAUCGAAGGCGACGACGACGACGAGAUCGACGAGAAUAAGCUCGAGAACGCCUUCAACGAGACGAACGAGGACGACACGUUCGCGGAGACGCUCGGGAUGGAGACCGUGCUCUCCGUCGCGGAGAACUACGCCGCGGGCGCGGGCUCGUUCAUGGCGAAGGUGGAAAAGAAACGUUUGUUGGCGCCGUUGAAGCCGCCGCAGUACCCUGGGGAACUCGGCGUCGAGGCUAUGAAAAAAGCGAAAGAAGCCGGGUUAACCGAGCCACCGGAGGCGUACACGCAGGACCUGUACCGCGGGCACCAGUCCCCGGUCGUGUACCUGAGCACCCUGCCGGACUCGCAGGCGAUGCUCUCGAUCGACGUCGACGGCGUCGUGUGUCUGUGGUCCGCGUUUCAAGGCGGCCACGCGCGAAGCGGGUUUGGGUGGUAUUCGCCGCUCGGGCAGUGGCGGCUCCCGACGGAAGUCACCGCGCACGUCCCGUCGACGAUGCGCGUGCAGUGCUACCCCGGCGGCGAGCGCGGCGGGUACGACGACGGCGGACGAGACGUGUACGACACGCACACGGCGUGGAUGACGUCGUACGAGAAGGGCCGCGGCGCGCGGAACGUGAUCGAAGUGCCGAAGAUGACGGAUUGGAUGGAAGCGGACCUUCAGGCGGAGGAAGCCGCGGAGUAUCGCGGCGGUCUGGGGGAUCGAGCCUCCGAGGACGGGUCCAUCGGCGCGGACAGCGGGGACAUCGACAAGGCGGCGGAUAGCGCCGCGGGGAGCGACAGCGACGAGGACGGCGGCGGCGGCGGCGGCAAGAAGGAAGCGCGCGCCAAACGCGCCGACGGGAGCGGGAAGGCGAAGGAUCGCGAGACGCGGGAGUACUUCGUGAGCACGUACGACGAUAAGGGCGUGUUGCAGACGCGGUACCGGCAGCACCACGUCACGCGGAGGGCGGUCGCGCCCGUCGUCGGCGCGUGCAUCGCGACGGACGGCGGCAUCCCCGACCUCGUCGUGAUUCGGAGAGUGAGCGGCUUGCCGGCGGCGGCGCUACGCGCGGGUGGGAUCAACGCCGCGAAGAGCUCCAUCCCGUACUUCACCGCGCACUGCUACUCCCUGGACACGAUGAAGCCCACUGUCCCGCGGAUGGAUCUCCCGAACCCGUUCGUGCCGCCGCGAGGUAAGGGCCCGGACGCCGCGGGCGCGGCGGCGGCGCGGCGAACGAAUCGCCGGGCGACGCUGGAAGAGGCGAAGGAAGCGGCGAAAGGGUGGCACGACGUCGCGCCGUACCCGUUCGCGCUCGCGGCCGCGACGCCGGUCCUGGGGAGCGAGCACCUCGUCGUCCCGAUCGGGAUCACGCACAUCGGAAUAUUUUCCUUCGCGACCGGGUUCAUGGUGCGGGAUUUCGACCUCCCCGGAGUGCCCAACGGCGAGCGCAUCGCGAUCAUGACGAUGAUGAACAAUCCCAACCCCGGCGGCGGGACCGGCGGGUCCCGGCAGGCCACGAGCGCGUCCACGAAAGGCCCUCCCCCGACGAUGGUGCGGCAGCUUCUCGCGGUCGCGACGGCCGGGAGCGUCACCGCGGGGAAGCAAGUGCGGAUCUACGCCAUCGACGAGGGCGCCGCGCAGGUGAUUCGCGUCGCCGCGUUGAAGAACGAAGUCACGCGGUCGCUGGGCGGGUACGAGCUCAGGGAGCUCCCGGAGCUCCCGUCGUCGGAGUCGUCGGAGAGCGAGCGGGAGGAGGAUGAGGAGAACGCGGGGGGGGAGGAGGAGAGCGAGGAGGAGGUGGUGAAGACGCGAGCGUCGGACAAGGAUAUAAGAGACGGGGUGUACGACAUUUUGUGGCGCGACGGCGUCGACGCGGUGUCCCUGAAGAAGAUUCGCGAGGAGCUGGAACUGAAGUACGAGCCGCUGACGGAGCGCAAGGCGACGAUCAAGCUGUACGUGGACGCGUUCGUCAGGAAGCCGCCGCCGAAACCGAGGCAGAAGAUCGUCUUGCCGCCUCCGGGGACGCACAAGAUUGGGCGGAGAAAAUCGAGCAAAAAAGCCCCAGCCCCCGCCGCCGAGAAGGCGCCGGCGGCGAAGCGAGCGGGGGUUCAGCGAGCGCUGACGGAGAAAGAGAAAAAGAUGCCGUCGGACUUUGAGAUCAAGCUCGGGGUGACGGAGAUCUUAGAGAAGAGCGAGCAGGAGUCGGUGUCCAUGAGGAAGAUUCGCGAGCAGCUCGAGGCGCGGUACCAGACCUCCCUGGCGGAUAAAAAGGCGGUGAUGAAAGCCGCCGUGGACGCGUACUACGACUGA